UUACAAAUCAACCCGAGCCGGCAGCGUUCCGGCUCCCGCGGCUGGAAGGCGCGCGGUGCCACUGCCCGGUGGCCCCCGGCUUCCGCGUCUCAGGCCCGGCCCCGGCCCCGGCCUCCGCCCCGCUCCCUCUCCCUCCCCAGCCGCGGCCCGCCGAGCCCGCGGGCAACCGAGCCGCCAGCGACGCCCGCACAGCCGCAGGGGCCCGGGCGGGGGGCCAUGCCGUGCCGGAGGGAGGAGGAGGAGGAAGCCGGCGACGAGGCGGAGGGGGAGGACGACGACGACAGCUUCCUCCUGCUGCAGCAGUCGGUGACCCUGGGCGGCUCGGCCGACGUGGACCGGCUCAUCGCCCAGAUCGGCGAGACGCUGCAGCUGGACGCGGCGCACGACGGCCCGGCCUCGCCGUGUGCUGCCCCGGGGCCCCCUCCCCCGCGGGUCGUGGCGGCGCUGCCGGCGGACAAGGCCCGGGCCCCGGCGAGGCGUCUGCUGCGGCCGGCCGCGCCUGCGGAGGCCGGGGACCCGGCGCCCCCGGGAGCCGUGCGCUGCGUGCUGGGAGAGCGCGGGCGCGUGCGGGGCCGGGCGGCUCCCUACUGCGUGGCGGAGCUCUCCUCGGGCGCCAGCACGCUGCCCGGGCCAGGGCGGCGGGGGUGGUUCCCGGGUGCGGUGGCAUCUCGGCGAAUCCAGCAGCGGCGAUGGGCCCCAGGUGGAGCGCGCGCGGGCGACGACGAUCCGCACCGGCUCCUGCAGCAGCUCGUGCUCUCGGGAAACCUCAUCAAAGAGGCGGUGCGCAGGCUCCAGCGAGCAGUUGCGGCGGUCGCAGCCACGAGCCCCGCAAGUGCCCCGGGGUCCUUGGGUAGCCGAGGCGGAACGGACUCAGUCACCCUGCAGCCCUCGGGUGCCUGGCUCUGACUCGGGGUCCCGGGGGAAGAAGAGGACGCAGCUACACCGACCCAGCAGUGUCCGGCUCAGACAGUACGGAGCUGAAGCCUCGUCCGUCAUAGCCCCAAAGUUACCGGUCGCGCAGGGCUGUUAAGAGAAAACGGACUCGACUGAGCAGCACCGGCAGCCGAGGUCUGGGAUUUACUGGGAGAACUGUGGCAGCUACUUGAUCGACUUGGACCUGACUUAGCCCUUGUGGGGACGUCGUUUAUUUUGGAUUGUUUAUAGAUGUGGCUCGCAGGGGCGGGAAUCGGGAGGGCUUUCUAACAAUAACUUGAAAACGAAUAGUAGGCAUACACGGUGUCGUUAUUUUCGCGUGGAGAAGCUUCCUGAAUAUGGUGCUACAAUUGCAGAUCGAAGAGGUUCUGGGGUGAAGAAUGUUAAAACUUGGCAGUUGAGUGUCAUGGCGACACCCGCUUUCUCCUACUUAAUAUGUGACAGCGAAGGGGGACCCAGUUGGUGAAUUCUCCGAGUGGGGAGAGUUGAGUUUAAAUGUGUAUUUGUAAAUGACUUGACCUUGCCAACUUUGACUCAAGGUCAGGUUGCUUGUUAGUGGGGUGUUGUGGGAUUCUUGGGAGAGCUAACCGCAGUGUCUUUUUUUAAAGAAUCUUUUUCUUGAUCCAAGUGCAGACCUGUCUGCUUUGCCACCGCUUGGAGUCUCCUGAGGACACGCAGGCCGAUAGGGCCUUGAAGGGAGAGUUAUUUGCACUUUUCGUGCUUUUCUGUUUCCAGAACUCCUGCUAGACCACUCUUGGCCAUGUCACCAACCUUUUCUCAGAAGUAGCCAUAAACAACCCCCCGCCCUCUGCAGCCACCGUUGUUUGUGGUGUGUGGGGUUGGGUGGAAGCCUUGGACACACUUUUCUGCCCGGUUUUGACCCUCUGCUGAAUCUGAGGGGCCCUCUCCUGUUCCCUCACCUGCUGGUUCUUUGUGAGUGAGUGGAACCGUUUUUAAAACGUGACUCCAGGAGGAGAAACUGCAGGCUUUUAAAACCCUUGUGAAACUUGACGGUGCCCUUUGAGGUGCCACCCCCGAACUUUAUGGUAGCUAAACCAUUUUUUUUAAAGAUUCAAUGGCUUGUUCAUCCUCCAGAUGUAGCUAUUGACGUACACUUCGCAACGGAGUGUCUGAAAUUGUGGUGGUCCUGAUUUAUAGGAUUUCAAUUAAAAUGUCUGCUGAAUAAAUUUGGUUUUUGUUUUGGAA